AUGGCAAAGUUUUUGAAGGCGUUAACGCUUGUUGCUGCAGUGAUGCUUCCAGCUCAGGCCGGAGCAAGCUUCGUCGAUAACUGCACCACGUUCAACUCAAACUUAUGGAAAAAGGCCGAUUGGCCGGCAGGGCAGGGUCAGAUGCAGUCUGCCAAUGUCAACCCAAGCGGUGGAGGCGUGCUGAACUUUGAGAUUCCCGUGGGAACUCAUAACGGAGGAGAGAUUCUAUCCAAGGCAAAAUACUCCUACGGCCAAGUCUCAGCGCAGUUCAAGGUCCCAAAUCUACCUGGAAUUAUCUCGAGUAUUUUCAUGUACCAGGGAACCUCCACUAGCGACGAGAUCGACAUUGAAGUAUAUCUGAACAAGGGCAAAUGGGAGAUUGCGUUUACAGUUUACCGUCUUGGAGUCAACGAAUGGUCUGAUAGAUACUUCCCAACCUGGGACCCAAGCGCCGGAUACAAUGACUAUAUGAUUGACUAUCAAGGGUCGGCUAUUUCAUUCUACGUCAAUGGGGCAUUGGAAGCUCAAUUCCAUACGCCAUCGAAGCAGCCAUUUAAUCCCAUGAAUAUUCAGCUCAACGCCUGGUACCCGGCGUGGUUGAACGGUCCCGUCGCGGCAUCUACUCAAUACUUUCAAGUCAACCAAAUAUCUUACACGCAGUCUUGA